GCGCCCAAAGAUCCCUCGAUCCAGCUCAGCGUGGACGACGAGAUCGCGACCGUCCAGACCACGGCGUCCACCACCAAGAAGAAGGAGGACAUGCGCAACGAGAGCACGGGCAUCACGGUCGGAGACUCGACCCACACGCUGUCGGACGGUAAGACGAUUCACUACUCGGCCGAGAGGAUCAUCGGCAACGGGUCGUUCGGCGUCGUGUUCCAAGCCACAGUGGAGGAGACGGGCGAGAUCGUGGCCAUCAAGAAGGUGCUGCAGGAUAAGCGCUUCAAGAACCGGGAGCUGCAGAUCAUGCGGCAGCUGCACCACGUGAACAUUGUGCAGCUCAAGCACUGCUUCUACUGCAACGGCGAGAAGCCCGACGAGCUGUACCUGAAUCUGGUGCUUGAGUACAUCCCCGACACGGUCUACGGCGUGGCCAGGCAGCUGCAGAAGGCCAAGCAGUACAUGCCCAUCGUGCUGGUCAAGCUGUACAUCUACCAGAUCUGCCGCUCGCUGGCCUACAUCCACUCGAUGGGCAUCUGCCAUCGCGACAUCAAGCCGCAGAACUUGCUGCUCGACCCCAGGUCCCACGUGGUAAAGCUUUGCGAUUUCGGAAGCGCCAAGGUGCUGCAGAAGAACGAGCCCAACGUGUCGUACAUCUGCUCACGCUAUUACCGCGCCCCCGAGCUCAUCUUCGGCGCCACGGACUACACCACAGCUAUCGAUAUUUGGUCACUAGGCUGCGUGUGCGCUGAGCUGCUGUUGGGACAGCCUCUGUUCCCUGGUGAGAGCGGGGUGGAUCAGUUGGUCGAGAUCAUUAAGGUUCUGGGCACGCCGGCGCGCGAGGAGAUCGAAGCCAUGAACCCGAACUACACGGAAUUCCAGUUCCCGCAGAUUAAGGCCCACUCUUGGAGCAAGAUCUUCCGCUCACGGACCCCUCCCGAGGCGAUUAACUUGCUGUCCAAAAUGUUGGUCUAUGAUCCGAAACGACGUGUGAAGCCGCUGGAAGCCGCCGCCCACCCGUUCUUCGAUGAGCUGCGGCAGAAAGACCUGAAACUUCCAAAUGAUGUCCCCGCGCCCGCGCUGUUCAACUUCACUCUGCAAGAACUGUCGCAAGUGGAUGUUAGCACGCGCGAGAUUUUAGUACCGGCUCAUGAGCGAAACUCAACCAAUUGGCCGGUCUUAGAGGACGGCACGUGGCCUGAUGCAGCUGCUCACGGGACGUCC